AUGUGCGGCAACUCACACGUCUCGCAGGUCCUUCCCAACGAUGAACGAGAGCAAGAAAGAUUGGACGUGAUGCACCAUGUGUUUCGCCUCUGCCUAGAUGGCAAUUUGUGUCAGACAAAAUUGAAGCACCCACAACGCAUACUCGAUAUCGGAACGGGGACGGGAAUUUGGGCCGUCGACAGUUAG